CUUUUGCAGGUGACGACUGAACCAGGAAUCUAUAUUGGUUGAGAUCGUGCGUCCAUCCAUUUGGCAACUACAUGGAUCACCAGGGACGCGAGGCCUCAACAAUACUUACACUACGAAUGUGAUAGAAUAUUUCAUUAUAUGAUAAAUAAUACUAUAAAAGAUAAAAAUUAGAUACGGGUCUUUUUGUAUUUUCACCCUAAACCAUAAAUCAUUUUACUUGAUUAGGUGUCUCUCUCACUUUUUCUCAUAUCUUCAUACUAGGUGUUUCUCGCUCUUCUUCAUAUAUCUAUGUCAUCUCUCUCGUAACUUUUUAGGCUCAUGACGUAAAAUAUUUAUAGAAAUAUUUUCAUUCGUUUUCCUUAUUUUAUAAGGAAUCUAAUUACAAUUACAUAUAAAAUUAAAAAUAUUAUAUAUGAUACUCAUUUUAUAAAAAAUAUAUAUAUUCUAAAUAGGAAUUUGAAACACUUUCCCAAUACGGAAGUAGACUUCUUUUAACAUGUAUCUUAAAUCUAUAAGAAUUUAAUGGGGUUUAUAAUGAAUAAUAUCUAUAGACUGAGUCAUACAUUAAAAAUGAUAUCAUACGAAUCCCUACCCUAUGUGGAAAUUUUGUUUUUUUGAUCCUAUAAGAAAUGUCUAUUUAUUGAGGAUAAUUAUGAUAUCUUAGGUUUAGUAACACGUUUCAAACACUAUACACUUAAUAUUUCAAUCACGUUAGACCUCCAUAGACUAUUUCAAUCUCUCUUAAAGUAGUGAGAGCCGGCCAUUACACUGCCCUACGUACACAAAUGCACACCAGUCAUGACUUCGAACCUCCAUAUAAUUCAAUCUCUCUUUAAUAUUCAGCAGUUCCAUACGCCAUAUCCAUGUAUAAAAGGACAAAAUAUAUGUACAUAUCGUUGACAUAUUUUCUAAUGGCAUGUAUCAAAUGAUUUAACAAGAUAUUUUCCAUUUUUUUUUUCCUUCGAUGCUCAUUUGAAAUGUGGCUUUAGCUGUUGGGACAGUUAACCGUGUUCAUCCCUCUCUUAUUUUUCCUUAAUAUAGAUUUAGCUGCAUUUUUAUGAAUAAAAUGUUUUGAUGGAUGGCUCAUCUGAAAUUUCGGAAAGAUCACCAGUUUCGUAUCAACUUCUAGCACAAAAGGCAAUUUUCUUCCUGAAAGAUUUAGAUACAAGCAUGACAAAAAAGUAGGAUAAUGAUAAGGGAGAUGACUUCAACACCAUUUUCAGGUCAUUGCCAAGCUUCUAUAAAGAGAUGGGAAAAGAAAGUGGAGGUGAGUUGGGGCAAUGUUUCAUUUUUGGUGCACCCGGGUCUCUCUAAGGCAGGCUCUUCCCUGGAAAUUCAAUGCACUUUGUUCAUUCUUCUUGUGGUCUUCAUUGGCUUUCCCAGGUCAGUGCGUCCGGAAAAAAUGACCCAGUGUUUCAAAGCCCUGGAUGUAAUAAACAUAAUGCAAUUUAACACACCCAUUGCAUAUAUACGACAGGUUCUAAAGGGUUGGGAAGCAAAACAGGUGAAGCAAUGAAAAAGGGGAAUAUAUACCUAUCAAAGGCCAGCCCUCCUGGAGUCUUCAAAGCAUACUUUGAGCAAUUUGAAAAAGAUUUCACAUUGUUUCUAAGGUCCCGUGCGGAAGAAAUAGUCCCUGGGGGUGGCAUGGUCCUAACAAUCUUGGGGAGUAUCCAGAGCCAUAACCCUUGCUGCAUUUGGGAGUUGGUUGGCAUCACACUUAAUGACAUGGUCUUACAGGGGUUGAUCCAAGAGGCGAAAUUGGACUCUUUCAAUCUGCCACUCUAUACGCCUACUGCAGAGGAAGUAGAAGGAUCAUUUACUCUCAAGAGACUCCAAAAUUCCAGUGUUGAUUCGGAUGCAAACAUGACCCGUGACAAGUACACAAGGGGAGAAAUUGUUGCCAAUACCGUGAGAGCAGCGGGAGAGCCCAUUCUGAAAAGCCACUUUGGAAAAGAGAUUAUUGAUGAUCCCUUUGCUAGAUUUACCGACAAGGUAAGAUCAUUGAUGAUCUCUUUGCUAGAUUCACCGACAAGGUAAUUGUCU